AUGAAGGAGAAGGAUGAAUUUGAUUUAGUUUCCACGGAGAACCUUACGAUUAUUCCCUGGUUAAUUUUGAAAGCGGAGGCAACGGUACAAACAUUUGACAAGCGCAACAAGGUCGUAGAGUUAUCGGCGUUGAGACCGUCGGUGUCAAGCGGUGGACCUCGCUGGUAUAGUGUCGUCGUCGUCAAGUCAUUUAAAGAACUCGAUAAACGCAAAAAAGAACUGAAAGGCAAACUGGUAGUUUACAACCAGCCCUGGAUAAAUUAUACACAAUCGAACGAGUACGUGAAGCACGGAGCAUCCAGGGCAGCUAAAUAUGAAGCUGCUGCUGUCCUCAUCAGAAGCCCAACACCAUUCUCCAUCUACAGCGUACACUCCGGACAGAUGGUGUACAACAGCAGUGUACCGAAAAUACCUGCCGCAUGUAUAACUGUUGAAGAUGCGGAAUACUUUCAACGUAUUUUUGAUAGAAAGUUGACACUGAACAUCACCCUGUCGAUAGAAACACUAACCAAUAAAGAAAACAAAACAUCAUCAAACAUCAUCGCCGAGAUGAAAGGAACUGAAAGACCAGACGAAUACGUCAUAGUGGGAGGUCACACGGAUUCGUGGAACAAUGAUGGGGCUCUGGACGAUGGUGCUGGAUUCAUGAUUGCUUGGGAGGCCCUGCGUGUCUUGAAAGAACUUGACCUGAGGCCCAAGCGGACUGUUAGACUCGUUCUUUGGACUGCCGAGGAAAGCGGGUCUUUGGGGAGUGACGAUUAUUUCGAGCGGCACCACGAUAUAUCUGACAAGUUAUCCAUGAUACUGGAGUCUGACCAAGGUGUUUUUAAUCCGAGAGGCCUUAGGUUUACUGGAUGUAGCCUGGCCAAAGAUAUACUCCAGGAAAUCCUGCGUGUACAUCUCACCGACUUGAACAUGACAGAAAUAACACCAGGAGGUGAAAGUUCCGGAACGAAAAGAUGGAUUGAAGAGAAAGAUGUGCCAGGACUGGAACUCCUCUCUGAUAACGACAAAUACUACUACUUCCAUCAUUCUAAAGGAGACAGCGUAUCCGUUCUGAAUGCAGACGAGAUGGACAGAGCGGUCAUUCUGUGGACAACAGUCAUUCAAAUCGUUGCUAACUUCGAUUCCCUUUUACCCAGACAAAGCGCGGCCACAUUUAAUCAUGUGGCGCUGAAUGUGCUUAUGGCUUAUGCGAUGUCUGUUUUGUUUCUCAUGUCACAUAUGUCAUACCUGCCUGUGUGCUGUGUGGAUGACGCCAUGCAAAAUGAAGAAAAAUUGUUGAAAAACUGUGAAGAAGUAAGAAAAUAA